GAAGCAGCAGGUCAAAACUUGAGCUGAACGUCUUCCUGCUGCUGAAGCUCUGAGGUAACCAUCUGAGACGAUGUUUGCGGCUAAAACCGAAGCUCUGCUGAGGAACACUGGCGCUCAGAAGGAUCUGAUCUCCAACUGCAACCUGAACAGGAAGAUGGAGGUUCUGACUCUGGUUCGGGUCCGAAGGGGAGCCAUCUUCCAGUUCCCCACAUACAAGGCCAUGAACGUCACGCUGCCAGAGCUGCUGGGGGACCUGGACUUCUCGCCAGAGUUAGAGGAGGAGAUCCUGGUGAAGGACUUCAAGACGUGGUUGGUGUCCAGCGGGAGCGGCGAGGUGGACAGCGAACCUGGGGCGGUCGGUGAAGCCCAUCUCUCGGCAAAGUACAACUCGGUGGACGGCCUGACCGAGUCUGUCAGCAUCAACAAAAAGAGAGUCGACCUUUCAUCUGUGAGGAGCAGGUUCAGCGGCAGGCCGAUCGGCGGCGGUACGCUGCAGGCGCUGAAGCUGAAGAAAAACGACGUGCUGACCUUCGUUUAUGAGAUGGUUUAUAACUCUGGACCCGUGAACAUCGUCAAGGAGGACAAGAAGAACGGCUGCUUCUCCGCCGGCUUCCAGAAAAUGGCCAACGUGCUUUUUAAGGGCCAGUCGAAGGAGGACACCACCUUCACCGUGCCGGAGAAGUCCACCUUUGCCUUCAGCCUGGUGGAGGUGCUGCUGCAGGACGGGGCGAUGGAAAUCGCUUUGGAAAGCUGGAGUCACAAACGAAGAGGUCUGUUCCAGGAUGCAGAGAGCUGUGACCCGAUGGAACAAGCCAGAGACGAGAUUAAGAUGAAGGAGGGUCUUCUGCAGCCGCUGGAGGAACUUCCUGUGUCGACUCGCAUUGACCUGCUGAAAGGCCUCCAGGACGUCCUGGAGGAAGGAGAGGCGCUGAGUCUCCUGGAGGAAACACUGGACCAGAGCAGCAAAGGACAGCCAGAGCAUCCCCCCUCCAAGGUCGUUUCGUCCUUCAUGGAUGUCUUGGAUGAGUCCAAAGUGUCCUCCAAGGUGAGGGACGCCGUCCAUCUUGUGGUCUGCGCCAUGGACGCUCUGCCAGAGAUAAUGCUGCGACCUUUGACCUCUUGUGGUCCUGAAACUCUCACUGUCCUCACCCAACUGGUGGACAGUCUGAAGGAUGGAGAUGAGCCCAGUCUCCCAGCGUGUCCUCCUGUCCCCCUGCAGCAGGACGGGGAGCUGCGCUGGGCGGCGGAUGUCCUCUGUGGGUCCAGUGAGACUCUGGUGGAGCUGAGUGCGGCGUGGGACCGGCGGCCCGAGGUUCUGCUGGAGGUUCUGGCUCUGGCCGUGUUGGGAGUCCACAGGCUGCAGGAGGGAAACGGUGCUGAUGAUUAAUCUGCCUCAGAAGAUCAUUGAAUCUAAAUUUUCCUGAUUCUUUUCCUACAUUAACAUUAAUUUCUUCUUUGAUGUUUUCUACAUGCUAAGGUUGAUUCAGGUCAUUUUUCAUGAAAUCUAGAUUUUAUUUGAAUAAUUUGCUGUGGAUUUCCCCUUUGGACAUUUAAUGAAAUUGAUCUUUCUGAUGAUAGUAUUGAUUUGGGUCACUGUGGGUUAAACUGAUCAGAACUUUUUCAAUUGAUGUAAUCAAUCAUUGAUACUAUUAAACAUUUAAAUGAUAUUUCUGGUUUAACGAGUUGAAACUUUUUAUAUGGUUUUAAUAUUGAGGUCAAAAUAUUUCUGUCAACUUUUAGAUUAAAAUAUUUUUACAUGUCAUUUUAUUGGAACCUGUUGAGUUUAUGAUGGAUGUGAUUUAUUGAUUUUAGUUUCUGGCAGCCAGUGUGUUCUCGCUCGCCCAAUGUGUCUCUUCCUCUGUCUCUCACCUGAAACCCAUCAGCCAAUCAGCUCAGGUCUUUUAUUCAUCCUUCUCUGCUUUAACCUGCGGCUUG